AUGGCAGUUCUCUGUUCGAUCUAUAUUCGUAGAAGAGAUAUCAUCAAUAAUUCUCCACAGAGAAAAUUGUGCAGCAUCUUCAAUGGAGCAGGUGAUGGUGCUCGAAGAGUUUGGAGUCGAUCAGCAGAUCUACCAAUUAAAAUUCAGCUACAUGAUUACCAAAAGCGUCGCUGCUACACCUCCUGUGAUAGUGACGAAUUCAAAAGAAUUUUGUCGUUUCUCAAGGUUUUUGCGAACCAUACGGCUCGUCUAUGUGUGGAGAUCGUCGAGAAAACGGUAUGUCAUGAAGGUGUUCGAGAUACAAGACGAAAUAAUUUAUUGCCUGAUAGCGAUACGGACGAGGAGGAUGACGAGGGCAUGAGAUACGACUGCUGCGAUGAUCCAGACGGUGCAAGCUCCGGCGAUGAAGAAUAUGGAACCACGAAAGGAAGAUUUGCACAAGAAGAGGAAGAAAUGUUUUAUCUGCCACCGCAGAAAAGAGGAGAAAGCUCGAUGCCUGAUUUUUUGCAAAUCGAGCGUGGUUCUGUUGAAUUGGCCGUCGGCCAACGUUAUCCAACGAAAAAGAAUUUGGAGCUCAGAUUGAAGAUGCUCUCUGUUGCGCUGAAGUUCGAUUAUAAUGUCGGUUACUCAACGCCUACUUUGUUGACAGUACAUUGCUGGAUCGAAGGGUGUUCAUGGAGAGCGAGGGCGCCUACGCUUGGGUCUGCUCCCGAGUUUUUCAUCAAGAGUUAUGUCAAAGAUCACUCGUGUUCUGUUACAGAGCGUUCUUCUCGUUCUAGACAAGCGAAACCUGAUCUGCUUGGGAGGCUAUACAGUGAAUUUGUAGGUUGUGUUGGACCGACCGUGCUGCCUUGCCAUGUUGCAGAUGCGUUGAACAAACGCUAUGGUGUUAAGAUGGAUUAUUGGAAGGCGCACCACACACUACGGUUUGCGCGCCAGCUAGUAGCCGGCAGUUCAGAGAGUGGAUACGAGGAUCUGCCGGCUUACUUGUACAUGAUUAGACGGGCAAAUCUUGGGACACUCAUUAUGCUAGACGUUGAUGAGGAAGACAUGUUUAAGUUCCUUUUCAUAGAUUUUGCUGCAAGCAUACACGGAUUCCCACAUAUGCGGAAAGUUGUCGUAGUUGAUGCCACCUAUUUGCAAGGAAAAUAUAAGGGAACACUACUAACAGCGUCUACACAAGACGGAAAUUUCAACAUCUUUCCGAUUGCGUUUGGCGUUGUUGACACUGAGAACCAUGAAUCAUGGGAGUGGACACGAGAGUGUUACGGACUUGUGAAGAAGGCCGCAUCCGCAUAUAGGCUUCUGGAGUUUAACCAGCUCUUUGCGCAAAUACAAGCUUUAGAUCCAGCUCUUCAUAAGUACUUAGUGGAAGCUGAUGUUCGGCUAUGGACUCGGGUGUAUUUUCCUGGAAAUAGGUACAACUUCACGACAAGCAAUAUAGCAGAGUCGUUGAACAACGUCCUAUCUCCUUUUAGAGGUUCACCAAUUGUACAACUUCUCGAUGCUGCGAGGGCUUUGUUAACGAGAUGGUUUGCGGCGAGGAGAAAAAACGCUAGCCUAAUGAAAACAACAUUGACGAGAGGUGUGGAGAAGCUGCUAGAGUCUCGUGUGGAAGACGCAAAGCUGGGGACAGCGCAGGAGAUUGACGGUCAUCAAUCACAAGUUACAUGUGGAGGGGUGUUGCAUGUCGUCAAUUUGACAGAGAAAAAAUGCACAUGUCGUAGGUUUGAUUUGGAUAAAUUACCUUGCGUCCAUGCAAUUGCAGCAGCAGAAGCUAAAGGUAUGUCACAGAUUGCUCUUGCCCACACAUACUUUAGGCGCACAUCUCUAUACAAUUCAUACGCAAAAAACGUUAUGCCGAGAGAUGUAUCAUUCCCCGUGCCGGAAAAUGUGAUUGCCAAACUUUGCAAACCUCCAGUUGUACAUCAACCACCCGGAAGACCAAAGAACUCCAGAAUGAAAAGUGCAUUAGAGGUGGCUAUGGAGAAUAAGCGUCCGCGGAAAGAAAAUACUUGUGGAAAAUGUAACAAGAUUGGCCAUAAUCGUGCGACAUGCAAGACUUAA